AAGGCAGUGAAGUUGAUGAUGUUGGAUUCGGAUGGCGUAGAAGACUUAUGUGCAUGGGCCGUUGUGUAUGCGUGCAAGGUGAGUAACUCCUCGUCUGUGUACCAUGCUAAACUGAACGUUUCGUCAAGUCUGUAUCCCAGACCCUACAUACAGCUUCGUCCUCAAUCAUCUCUCCUCUAAUCGCCUCUUUCCUCCAAGCUGAAGACCGCACCAAGACAUAUACAUGUAUUCGCCGCGUUUUGACUGCUCUCAUUCAUCAUUGUAAAAAUGCCGACGAGUUCUGCGCCAUUGCAGACGUCCUUCUUCGAUGCUUCACAGAGGCAGUCGAGUCCACGGACUCAGAGCGCCUGGGUGGAAUCAUGGACGUUGUCUCUAUUGCCUGUUCUAUCCGUCAAGGGUCUCGAUUGUCAGCAAAACAUCUAUCCGCUAUUGUCUUGGCGUCUCUGUCCAUUCCAAUAUCCGUUCACAGUUCUCAUCUCUCGUUCGCCACAUCUGUGCUCACCGCAGGCGACAUGUCUUUGUGGAUCGGCCCGGGUCGCAAGCUCGUCGAACUUUCUUGGUUAGACGCCUUGUUUGGAAUAAAACUUUGCGGCGCACUAUCAGACUUGGGAUGGAAGGGUUGGAAGCUUGUUGAGCUCCCUCAUGUAACAAAACAAACUCUGCAACUACUUGAGGGUCGGUCUUUGGACAUCCUCGAGCUCCUUGCUACAUUGCACCAAGCGAAGAGACUCGACGAUGCGGAUGAAGUUUGGAUUCGACAGGUUCAGACCUGGGCGACGAGCCGUUUCAAGACAGAAAGAUCGCUACGAGUUGAGGAAUUGCAACAUAUCUUGACAAUGUCUGGUAUCAUGCCAUCGAUUUCAAAGCUUCUCAUCAAGCUGAUCAAUACCACGCUCGACAUCCCCGAUGACGUGCAGAAGGAUUACCGAGCUUCACCUGCAAACAAGACGUGGGUUCUUGCAUCCUGCAUGAAGGCACUUGCAGAGCAGGAUACGAAGACAUGGGUUGGCAUCGAUUUACAUGCUUGGACACAAGCAGUUAUUAGUAGAUGGUAUUGGUCAGAACAUGUUCUGGGCGCCUUGGUAAGCCUCAUUGAAGCAAGGUACGACGAAUUGUCCUCUCUCAUCUCCUUAUGCUAACAUGAUCGCAGCCCCGCUCACUUCAAGGCGAUCCCGAUUCAGGAGGUCUACCCUCGUCUGCGAAGCUCCGUUUUCUCACAUUCGCGCCACUUGAGACAAAAUGUUCUUCGUCUCUUGGAUUCCUCCGCUAUCAGUAUGUCACUCGCAGAGCAAGCAAUUGUUUCGAAGAUACGGGAGGCGGAAGAUGUUUCGCUGGACGUUCAGGGCGUACGGGAACGUAGUUUGCGGAUAGUGAAACUCGAGCAAGCUGUCGCGCACGGUGUUGGUCUGGAAUCCGAUCUUGCGAUUCGCUGGAUCCUGGCUCAACUAAAGGUGAACCUGCGACCACUCUGGUCGUCAGCGGCUAAGGCUCUAUCAGCUUUGGCUUCACGAUACGGUGAUCUUGUGUGGAUGACGAUUUUCAGCGAAAUGCAGGCUACUUAUCUGACUGAAGAAGUUGAGGUCCCGGAAUGGAUAUCCAGAUUUGAGGAGGUUCAGAAUUUGGACAAUGUUGACGAGGAAGAACGGACAUGGAGAGAUCCAAGCGGCCACAAGACUCGAACCACAGUUGCAAAAUGGGAGGGAGGCGCUCAUACCCGACGCAGUCUAAUACAAGCUCAAGGAGUUGACGAUCGCUUUGACGAAGAAAUGUACAGAUCCCAGUUGCUAGCGGUCUUUGAGCACUGUGCUUUUUUGGCUGAAAAGCACAAUCGUGCACUCAUUCCCUUCUUUUUCGAGCAGGCCGGUCCUGCCGGGCCACACAAGCUUCCUCGCAGGAAGCUUACCGCCUGGUUGACCGUUUUUUCGAAAUUUACGAACCCAAAGGUCCUACAUUCUACCGACAAGCUUCGUGCGCUGUACAUCACCUUACUCUCCCAUCCUGAUCGCGAUCUUCAAGGGCUUGCUCUAUCUUGCUUGUUCACCUACAAGUUCUCGCAUCUGACUCCUCAUGAGGAUACUCUACGUCAGCUUCUGGACGAGACACGAUGGCGGGAUGAACUGACGAACCUCGACAUCGCCAAUCUUGGAACGGAAGAUCGCCCUAUGCUUAUUGAUGUCAUUGUGCGACUGCUCUUCGGCGUGAUGUUGGAAAGAAAGGGGCGGUCUCGUGGUACAGAUCGACAUGCUUCUGUGCUGACUGCUCUGGCUGGCUGUACAGAUGAAGAGUUACACCUUCUCGUGGAUCUCAUGGUACAACCAAUUAUUCCCCCAGGUGCUCGUGGUCAAGCCCAUGGCUUUGUUGUUUACGAAAUUCAUGGCGAUGUUUCCGAGAAGCAGCAGAUUGGUUUCUUAAACCUUCUCGGAGAUGUUCUCAAAAAUUUAGGUUCAAGAUUAGUGUCGUACUGGGAUCUACUCCUCGAAACUGUUGUUAGUCUUGCCGCCCGCGCCCAAUUACGCAUAGAUGCAGCUCGACAAGAUGGGGAACAUGCCGUCGAGGAGGAGCAAGAACACGAAGAACAUCAAGGCAUAUCGGAUGCAAUCUCUUCCUCAAAGGCAUUGCGCACGGUACGACAACUCAGCUUGAAGAGAUUCACAGAUUUUUUCCGUAGUCCGGUGGCCUUCGAUUUUUCACCUUGUAUGGAAAUCGCAUUCCGCUCAUUCAUUUCUCCCCGCCUUGCCUUGCUUGAUCGGGAGGGUACACAAGCCCCGUCAGCACUCCUCGAGCUCUUUUAUGUCUGGGCGUCAAGGAAGGAAUACGCAGAGUUUUUGGUCAACUUUGACCAGCGGGUCCUGCCUCAGAUCUACGCCUGUCUCGUCGCUCCUGGUGUGAAGCCCGCUGUGAUUUCUCGCGUUCUCGAUAUCAUUGACAGAAUACUCUCCCUUUCAAGUUCAUAUGAAGAAUUAUCAGAACGCAUCGUUAAGCCGCACGUGUCUUUACUCUUAUUCAACCUCUCUCUGCUGGUCGAAAGGACGAAGUCGGACGCACUGGUCAGCAAUCCCCUCAUGCAGCGGCAGAUCACGAUCCUUUCGGAAAUCUCCCAUCACCUCACCGACAGUGACCAAGCGGCCAUGCUCCUGUCGAUGUUCUCGCCAUUAUUGCGCAAGAACACGAAGCUUGUCAGCGAGAAAGUCAAGGCAGAUUUACUGAAGAUCAUAUCCAGCUUGAUCCCUCUCGUGCCUACUGUUCAUGAUCAUUCUAGCUCGGCCUUUGCCAACUUAUAUCAGCUUCUAUCGUCGUUGUUCCAGUCUGUCCGUUCUCGACAGGCAAGGUUGGCUCUCGUUGCAGCUUUCAAACAACUCGCCUCCGUCAAUACAUUCCUUCACUCCUUAGCCGAACUUGUCGAGUCCCUCAAUGCUUUCUCGACAAAACGCACAGACGAGCCUGAUUUUGAUCGCCGAUUUGAGGCGUUCACCUCUCUCAAUGAAAUUGUUCACAAAUCCCUCACACCCUUGACAUGGCUCCCAGUUCUCUAUAACCUCCUCCACUCUAUACAAAAUCCUACGGAACUGGCGAUCAGGACUAACUCGUCUCAGGGAAUGAAACACUUUGUUGAUGCAGUGGACGCAAAUCCAGACACGGAGUACCAGACCAUCUUUUUGCGCAAACUUUAUCCUGCUCUCAAAAACGGACUGCGAUCAAAAAACGAGCUAGUUCGGGUCGAGAUUCUCAACGUCAUCGCUUAUGCAGUAACUCACUGUCAUGGGCUGAAUACGCUACAGGAAAUGAGGAUUUUGCUUGCGGGAGGAGACGAGGAAGCCAACUUUUUCAACAACAUCCAUCAUGUUCAGUUGCAUCGUCGAACGAGGGCUCUACGACGAUUGGCCGAACAUUGUGAUGGCGAUCAUCUACGCAGCUCGACUCUUGCAGAAGUCUUUGUUCCAUUGGUAGGGAAUUUCAUUGCCUCAACUUCGGACGUAGAUCAUCACUUGGUCAACGAAGCAAUCAUCACGACAGGCCAUAUGGCUAAGCGGCUUACAUGGGGUCCAUACUUCGCUCUGGUUCAACAGUACCUUAGGCUUUCUAAGGUCAAGGAUGCUUCCGAACGUGUAUACGUUCGCACUCUCGUCUCCAUCUUGGACAACUUUCAUUUCCCCAUGUCUGACCUCGUAGACGUCGAAAAAGAUUUAGAUACUGAGAUAUUUGAAGCUGAUAACAGUGCCGAGGACUUACCCCCGAUUUUGGAUAUCGAACCUAUACCCAAGCAAGCUGGUGUAGCCCGAAUUGCUGAUGCUGUCAAUGCCCGCCUCUUACCUGCCCUGCUUCGCCACCUCGAAAAACGAGACGAGACGGAAGACAGCUUACGUAUACCUAUCGCUAUCGGCAUCGUCAUGGUUGCAAAGCACCUCCCAGAGGCUACUCGGGAACCUCAGAUUUCGAGACUCUUGACAAUCUUAUCUCAAGUUCUACGUAGCAAGUCACAGGAGACACGAGACCUUGCGCGCGAAACCUUAUGCAAGAUCGCCAUCGUCCUAGGUUCAUCGUACCUACCGGUGAUACUACGUGAGCUGCGCGGAGCUCUCCUUCGCGGUCCUCAGCUACAUGUCUUGUCACACGUGACGCACACUCUACUGGUCCAUAUCACAAGCGCCGAGCAUCUUAGCUCGUUCAGUAAUCUGGAUGGGUGCAUUGCUGACGUUGCUCAUGUAUCGGCUGAAGUCAUUUUUGGAGAGCCUGGGAAAGACGUUCAAUCAGAAGGUUUCAAAACAAAAAUGCGAGAGGUCCGCUCGUCAUCGUCGAAGGCGCUUGAUUCGUUCGGACUAAUCGCAAAGUACAUCACGCCUCCUAAAAUCAGUAGCCUUCUUCUUCCUCUUCGUCGUAUCAUGCAAGAGACCGAAGGCGCGAGGACAAUGCAGCAGGUCGACGAUGUCUUACGAAGAAUUGCCGCCGGACUAAACUCCAACGAUCAUCUUGUCCCGGCAGAGUUAUUGGUCUUGUGUCAUACACUCAUCAGCCAGAAUUCGCGUUUUCUUCAGCAUGUAGUGCAAUCAUCAAGGAAGAAAAGGGUUAGGGGUGAUGCGAUAGUUCAGGUGAAGCGGGAUGUAGCGAGUGUGGAUGACCAUUACGCCACAAAUUCUUUCCGAUUUGUGGUUUUCGGCUUAGACCUUUUUAACACUGCUUUUCGGAGAGGUCGCUUUGACUUUCAGGAUGCAGAAAUCAUCGCACGUCUGGACUCAAUCAUCCCAGUCGUGGGAAACACGCUGUACUCCAACAACAGCUAUGUUCUCGUUCAAGGACUGAAGGCCACUGCAUCGAUCGCCAAAUGUCCUUCGACCAGAUAUGGCAAGUCGCUCCCUGUGUUUGUUCGCCAAAUCAUCGACAUCGUGAAGCAGACCGGAAACACAGAAUCUGAAGUUGUCCAAACGGCUUUCAAGUCGCUGGCAAUCAUCUUGCGUGAUCGGCUAACUGCCGAAGUCAAAGAGAAAGAUUUGGCUUAUCUCUUGGAACUUCUAUCGCCAGAUAUAGAGGAGCCUUCGCGCCAAGCAGCUGUUUUCACAAUGCUUCGUGCUAUCGUAGCUCGCAAAUUUGUCGUUCCAGAGAUCUACGACAUCAUGGACAAGGUAUCCGAGGUCAUGGUCACCAAUCAAUCCUCACAAGUUCAAGAGCUUUGUCGCGGCGUACUGCUGCAGUUCUUGCUAGACUACCCACAAGGGAAGGGUCGCAUUCGGAAUCAGAUGUCAUUCCUUGCCAAGAACUUGUCGUAUGUUCACGAAAGCGGACGACAAUCGGUCAUGGAACUACUCAGCGCUAUCGUCGUCAAAUUUGACAGCAUCUUGAUAAGCGAAUACAGCGACAUGCUCUUCGUGGCGCUGGUCAUGGUCAUCGCUAACGAUGACUCCUCGAAGUGUAGAGAAGUGGCUGCAGAGCUUGUCAAGCGACUAUUUUCUCGGUUGGAUGAGAAUCACCGCCGCGUCAUCAUGUCCCAUCUACACUCCUGGAACAGCCAGAAAAACCAGCCUCACCUAAUAAGGCUGACGUCUCAAGUGUACGGCUACGUAGUUGAGGUUCUCCAGUCGAAUGCGACACCUUACCUUCCUUCCAUGCUCGACGACUUGAAUGUGACCCUUACGCACAGCGCACAACAAUUGGAACAGGAUGAUGACGAUCAAGAAGAGCGAAUGGAUAUCGAUGUAGAAUGGCAGACGUCUUAUCACGUACUGACCGUUCUGGCAAAGGUUCUAUGCGCUUUCCCCAACAACCCGAUGUACUCUCAGAAGAUUUCAUGGCCAUCCGUCGUCUCACAUCUUCUGUUCCCCCAUUCAUGGGUCCGCACAGCAUCCUGCCGGCUUCUGGGUAUCUUGUUUUCUGGCGUUGCGAUCCCUCCACACACGGAGGGCGAAUUCUCGGCGGGAUCACAACUGGACGAUUUGGACAUGAAAGAUAUAGCGAAUAAAUUGUGUUCACAGCUUAAAAGUCCUCAUCUGGACGAUCCUCUCAGCUUACAGGUGGUUAAGAAUCUAUUCUUCAUCGGAAAGUGCUUUGUCGCUAUCUCCGUGAUUUCUCCCGAAACGCCAAAUGAAGAUGCAGGAGACGAAGACGCAGGAAACGAAGAUGGCACCCAUGACAAUGACAGCGACAAUGAGGCAGACGACGGGGACGAAGAACAGCAGGAGGAAACGGAGGAAAGAAAGGAUAACCCUCUCGCUUGGCUCUUCUCAAAACUUUCGUAUCAGGCCAGAUCAGCCUACAUUGCUCGCCGUAAUAGAUCGUCAAACCCUGAAACAUGGUAUCGUCAGCCCUCCGCCAUCUUCCGCUGGUUCGCUGCCAUGGUCACAUAUAUGGAGGCGUCCGGGGUCGAAUCAUUCCUCGUCCACAUCAUUUCGCCGUCGUAUCGAAUAACAGAGGACGAUACAAUCCGAGAUAAUCAUAUAGCCGAGUUGAAGACUACCGUCGUGGAACUCCAGGAGCUCAUACAACAGAAGGUUGGAACAACCAAGUUUGCCAACACAUAUAACAAGAUUCGCCAGGGCGUGCUCAAUGUACAAAGAGAGCGUAGAACUGCGAGGGUCAUGAAGGCCACCACAAACCCUCAAGCUACUGCGAAACGAAAGCUUCAGAGGGGUGCUUCAAAGAAGGAUAGCCGCAAACGAAAAAGAUCCACACUUUUGGAAAGUAAAGGUCGGAUAAAGCGGAGACGAGACUCGUGACCGCAGUCUCUUUGUCCCAACAAAAGUACAAUAGAGCCUCAUCUAGCUAGUGGUGGCUGUCAUACGGUUGUCCUCCUAAUUUGGACUGGGUUUCUUUGUGUGCU